AUGUCUGGAGGAAAAGGGCUGUUUUCUGGAAUAAAGCUGAAGAAGAAGAAGAAAGGAGACAAGGGGUUAACGAUUGCAAACAAAGGAGCACUGGGUGAACAUGAGGACACUGACAGCCUGCACCAAGAAAUCCUUGCUGCUCAAGAUGGGGAAGAAGGAGAAAUGGUGUUCGAUGACGGUGCCUCCACCAGUAGCUUUGGUACCUCAGGGCCUUGGAGGAAGAGAGCAAAAGUGGAGUCGAAGAUUCAUGAAGGGGAGGUGAAAUCCCAGAAUUAUCAGAUUGCUAUAACAAUCAUUGAAGCUCGACAGCUUGUCGGUGAGAAUAUAGAUCCCGUGGUGAUUAUGGAAAUUGGGGAUGAAAAGAAGCAGACAACAGUCAAAGAAGGAACCAACUCACCAUUUUACAAUGAAUAUUUUCUGUUUGACUUCAUUGGGCCCCAAGUGCACCUGUUUGACAAAAUCAUCAAAAUCUCUGUUAUGCAUAACAAGCUGAUAGGGAGCAUAUUGAUUGGCUCCUUUAAAGUAGAUUUGGGGACAGUUUACAACCAGCCAGGUCAUCAGUUUUGUGACAAGUGGGCCCUUCUCACGGAUCCUGGCGACAUUCGGACAGGAGCCAAGGGAUAUCUGAAGUGCGAUAUCAGUGUGGCAGGGAAAGGAGACACAAUACAAGCCCUCCAGAAAGCCAGCGACGCAGAAGAACAGAUAGAGAAGAACCUCCUGAUACCUAAAGGAUUUCCGUCAGAAAGGCCCUGGGCCAGAUUUUACGUGAGAAUCUACAAAGCUGAGGGGCUCCCCAAAAUGAAUUCUAGCAUCAUGGCCAACGUCACCAAAGCAUUCAUGGGUGACAGUAAGGACCUCGUCGAUCCGUUUGUGGUGGUCACCUUUGCGGGUCAAAUGGGACGGACCACAGUACAGAAGAACUGUGCUGACCCCGUGUGGCAUGAACAAGUUGUCUUUAAGGAAAUGUUCCCCCCGCUGUGCCGAAGGGUCAAAAUCCAGGUGUGGGAUGAAGGAAGCAUGAAUGACGUGGCCUUAGCCACUCACUUCAUAGACUUGAAGAAGAUAUCAAAUGAACAGGAUGGUGAUAAAGGUUUCUUGCCUACCUUUGGGCCCGCUUGGAUCAAUCUUUAUGGCUCACCCAGGAACCACACCUUGAUGGAUGACCACCAGGAGCUCAAUGAAGGUUACGGGGAAGGCGUCUCCUUCAGGGGACGCCUCCUGAUCGAGCUGGCUGUGGAGAUCCUCUCUGGAGGUGCCCAUGAGUCAAAGUUUUCGAAGAUCAUCAAGGACAUAAAGCUGCCUUCCAAGGACAAGGAGUCCAAAAGCUCAAAAGGGACAGGAAAAGACAAAGGGACAGAAGAUGGAAAGUCCCCUCCCCCCUCAGAUAAAACAAACUCAACAGACGUGGAAGUGGAACCUUUUGAUGUGCCACCUGAGAUCCAUGAAGAACAAUUUGAGGAAUUUCUUCUCUUUGGGGCAUUUUUUGAAGCUACAAUGAUUGAUAGGAAAGUUGGAGAUAAACCAAUAAGCUUUGAGGUAUCUGUUGGGAAUUUUGGUAAUGUCAUCGAUGGUGUGACACCAGGAGCUGGGGGGAAAAAGAAGCCUCACGAAGGCGAAGAAGAAGAAAGUGCCCCGUUGUUACAUGAAGGGACAGGAGAUGCUUCACAUGACGUUGCAGUGCCACUAGUUUCCACCACACACCCUGAGAAGCCACUUAUCACUGAGGGAAACAGAAACUAUCAUUACUUGCCCUAUGAUGAGAAGAAGCCCUGCGUCUACAUCAAGAGCUUUUGGGGUGACCAGACCUUCAGGCUCUAUUUCUCGAACAUCCUCGAGAAAAUGGCAGAUCUCCUGGAAGAAGGUUUGGAACAAGUGAAAGAUCAGAUCAAAGUUUCAGAGAUAGCAUCAGAAGAGAAAAUGAAGUCCACUCUAACUGAUUUUAUCAACCAAAGUAGGGCUUUCAUUGCGAAUGCUGAAAAGAAACCCAAGCUGAUGAAUCGGACGGCUUUGGACAAAAAGAGGCUGACAUUGUGUAAGCAAGAAUUGGAAGCAAUGUCCAAAGAUGCCAAAGGGAUCAUCCAACAGCAAAAGAAGAAGGUCCCGCUCGAUGAAAUGAUGCGUGAGACACAGAACUUUAUUGAGAAGAUUCGCUUCUUAGUGGAUGAGCCUCAGCAUACGGUGCCUGAUGUCUUCAUCUGGAUGCUGAGCAACAACAAAAGAGUUGCAUACGCCAGGGUCCCCGCCAAAGACUUGCUAUAUUCCCCUGUGAACAAGCAGAGAGGCAAACACUGUGGAAAAAUUAAAACCCACUUCUUGAAAUUGCCAGGAAAACGGCCUCCAGGCUGGAAUGUCCACGGAAAGGUUGACACAUACUUGUGGCUUGGCUCAGCCAAAUAUGCCCACACUAUUUUGGACAACUUGCCCAUUGGAUAUGAAACAGAAACAGCUUUGGCAGCAAGUGCUGGGCGCCACACUGCUCCUCCACCUGCCAGUCUGACCUACAAAACCAAGAAUGUCUUCCAGCUGAGAGCUCACAUGUACCAGGCCAGGGGCCUUAUUGCGGCUGAUAGCAGUGGACUUUCGGAUCCUUUUGCCAAAGUGACAUUUGUUUCACACUGCCAGACCACAAAAAUCAUUCAACAGACUUUGUCUCCUACCUGGAAUCAGAUGCUGCUGUUUAAUAAUAUUGUGCUUCACGGGGAUGGGAAAGAAAUUACAGAAUUUCCCCCAGCGAUUGUUAUAGAGCUCUACGACGAUGAUGCUGUGGGGAAGUCUGAAUAUAUUGGUGCAACCAUGGCUGCCCCUGUAACGACACUGGCUGGUGAGAAAUAUGAGCCACCAAAACUUACUUACCAUCCCAUCUACUGUGGAAAUCUUUCUGGGGGAGAUCUUCUUGCUGCAUUUGAGCUUCUGCAGGUUCCUGAUUCUGGCCCCGAAAGCCUCCCGCCUGUGGAUCCUGCAGAUGUCAGCCAAAUCUACCCAGUCCCAACCAACAUCAGACCCGUUCUAAGUAAAUACAGAGUAGAGGUUCUGUUCUGGGGCCUUCGUGAAUUGAAGAAGGUGCAGCUCCUUUCCGUGGAUCGGCCACAAGUACUCAUUGAGUGCGCCAGCAAAGGAGUGAAAUCAUGUGUUAUCCAGAGCUUCAAAAACAAUCCCAAUUUUAAUGUCCUGGCAGACUGGUUUGAAGUGGAACUACCUGAAAACGAACUGCUGCACCCUCCGCUCAGCAUCUGUGUUGUCGACUGGAGAGCCUUCGGCCGGAGCACUCUGGUUGGGACGCACACCAUCAAUUGCCUUAAGCAGUUCCUGUAUAAGCCGAAGGAACCGCUUGCAUCAGCAGCAAAAGAGGCUGACAUUGUAGAACUGGACAAAGCUUCACCUGCUCCAGCACAAUUUCAACCCCCACAGUCUCAACAGCCUCCAUCAGAUCAUGUCUACAUUGAUGUGGAACACAGUGCACCUGUCUUAGCAGUCCCCGAGCCUGAGCCAGCAGGCUUGAGAAAAUCAAUUCGUCGCUCUACCAAGAGAAAGAAGAGAACAAUCGCCGAUGAAUCUGCUGAAAACGUUAUUGAUUGGUGGUCAAAGUAUUAUGCCUCGUUACAAAAAGUCCAAAAGGUAAAAGGGCCUGAUUUCAGUGAUGGAAAGCCAGGAAAUACAAAGGAGACCGCUGGCCACGUAACAUUCAACAUUGACGAUGAACCGGACAGAAAGAAGAAAGAUAAACUGCUCAAGAAGAAAGUGAAAGAGGCACCUCCAAAUCUAGCAACCAUGGAGAUUUAUGAUGGAGACCUGGAGAGUGAAUUUAACAACUUUGAAGACUGGGUGAAAACAUUUCAACUCUUCCGAGGCAAAUCGACAGAAGAAGAUCACAGCGACUAUGAGGAGAGGAUAGUAGGGAAAUUUAAGGGCUGUUUCUGCAUAUACAAGAACCCAGAAGAAUGCUACUCAGGAGACGGAGGCCAGCCUAGGAUUCUGCAGGGCCUGCCUCCGAAUCACUCAGUGAAAGUUCUAAUCAGAAUUUAUGUUGUGGCAGCAUUUAAUCUUAGUCCAGCUGACCCAGAUGGCAAAUCCGACCCUUAUAUUGUGCUCAGACUGGGAAAAACAGAAAUUAAAGAUCGAGACAAUUACAUUCCCAAGCAGCUAAACCCAAUUUUUGGAAGGUCAUUUGAAAUUCAGGCAACUUUCCCCAAGGAAUCUCUGCUUUCCGUCCUGAUCUAUGACCAUGACUUGAUUGGUUCAGAUGACCUCAUUGGAGAAACCAAAAUUGACUUGGAAAACCGUUUCUACAGCAGGCAUCGAGCUACCUGUGGGUUACAGAGUCAAUACGAAAUUGAAGGAUAUAACGCCUGGCGAGAUGCCACCAAGCCAACUGAGAUCCUGACCAAGCUAUGCAAAGAUAACCGUCUGAGUGGACCUUACAUGCAACCUGGAAACAUACAAAUCGGGAACAAGGUCUUCACAGGGCAAACCGUUUUCCAGGAGGAUGAGAAUGAGGAACCGGUAGAAUCAUAUGAACACCUUGCUCUGAAGGUUUUACGUUCCUGGAAUGAAAUCCCAGAGGUGGGCUGCAAACUGGUACCUGAACAUAUUGAGACGCGGCCUCUCUAUCAUAAAGACAAGCCUGGCAUGGAACAGGGCCGUGUGCAGAUGUGGGUGGAUAUAUUUCCUAAGGACAUGCCUCUCCCGGGAACACCAGUUGAUAUUUCACCCAGAAAACCCAAGGGUUAUGAACUGAGAGUAAUCAUCUGGAAUACAGAAGAUGUCAUUUUAGAGGAUGAGAAUAUUUUCACAGGACAAAAAUCAAGUGACAUCUAUGUAAAAGGGUGGUUGAAAGGCCUUGAAGAUGAUAAGCAGGAGACGGAUGUACAUUACAACUCCUUGACUGGGGAAGGGAACUUCAACUGGCGUUUCGUGUACCCAUUCCAUUAUCUCCCGGCUGAGAAGCAAGUGGUUGUCUGCAAAAGGGAGAACAUCUUCUCCUUGGAAAAGACGGAGCGCAAAAUACCCGCAGAACUGGUGCUCCAGGUGUGGGACUUCGAAAGGCUUUCUUCCGACGAUUUCCUGGGCUCUCUUGAAAUGAACUUGAAUGGCUUUCCUAGGGCAGCCAAAUCUGCCAAGCGCUGUGACAUCAGCAUGGUGACCUCAAUGAGUGAGGAGAACAAGAUUUCCAUAUUUCAGCAGAAGCGGGUCAGAGGCUGGUGGCCUUUUAUCAAAGCUGGAGAACUAACGGGCAAAGUGGAAGCUGAAUUUCAUUUAGUCACAGCAGAGGAAGCAGAGAAAAAUCCGGUAGGCAAAGCUCGGAAGGAACCAGAACCACUGGAAAAGCCCAACCGGCCUGACACUUCCUUCUCCUGGUUUGUGAAUCCUUUCAAGUGCCUGUAUCACCUCAUCUGGAGAAAUUACAAGAAAUACAUCAUCAUUGGGCUAAUUUUGAUUAUCUUGGUUAUAUUCUUAGUGCUUUUCAUUUACACUCUGCCCGGCGCUAUCAGUCGUAGGAUUGUUGUGGGGAGUUCUUAG